AUGGCCCCAGCUACUGAAGUUUCCACUGUCACUGACACUCAAGCUCAAUUACAAUUGAACUCUACCCCAAUUAACCAUGCUUUAUCCGAUGUUGUCAAGACUGACGACUGGUCUGAUUUUGCCUUCAGACCAAUUCGUGAAUCUACUGUCUCUCGUGCUAUGACUUCUCGUUACUUCCACGACUUAGACAAAUUCGCUGUCUCCGAUGUUGUCAUUAUCGGUUGUGGUUCUUCUGGUAUGUCUGCUGCUUACGUCAUUGCUAAGAACAGACCAGACUUGAAAGUCGCCAUUAUUGAAGCCAAUGUUGCUCCAGGUGGUGGUGCCUGGUUAGGUGGUCAAUUAUUCAGUGCCAUGGUUAUGAGAAAACCAGCUGACUUAUUCUUGAAUGAAUUAGAAAUCCCAUACGAAGAUGAAGGUGACUAUGUUGUUGUCAAGCACGCUGCUUUAUUUACCUCCACCGUCUUAUCUAAGGUUUUACAAUUCCCAAAUGUUAAAUUAUUCAACGCUACUGCUGUUGAAGAUUUAGUCACCAGACCAGCUGGUCCAAAUGGUGAAAUCACUGUUGCCGGUGUUGUUACCAACUGGACUUUAGUCACUCAACACCAUGAUGACCAAUGUUGUAUGGAUCCAAAUGUCAUUGAAUUAUCUGGUUACAAGAAUGAUGGUACUCGUGACCCAUCCAAGAAACACGGUGUUGUUUUAUCUACCACUGGUCACGAUGGUCCAUUUGGUGCAUUCUCUGCCAAGAGAAUUGUUGCCAUUGACACUAACAAGAAAUUACUUGGUAUGAAAGGUUUAGAUAUGAACAAUGCUGAAGCUGGCGUUGUUAAAGGUGCUGGUUCUUACUCAGGUGUCGAAUCUAUGUACUUUGCUGGUAUGGAAGUUGCUGAAUUAGAAGGUUGCAACAGAAUGGGUCCAACUUUUGGUGCUAUGGCCGUUUCUGGUAUUAAGGCUGGUGAAGAAAUCUUAAAGCACUUUGCUAAUUAA